AUGACUACACGUGUGUAAAUUUAGUGGACGAAACCUGCAAAAUUACUGUAAUUGUAGUACCACUGUUUCUCGAAUCAUCUAAUGAAUUUUCGUUUCCCUUUACUAAAUGUGGUAGUCUUUAGUGUACGUAGUUUUCAUUCCAACCAAAGGCUAUCCGGAAAAAAGAAUAACGAACGUCUAUUAAAUUUGCUUACCACCAUGCCGAAAGAUAAGAGUCAUGUUGCCCGACUUCAAUCAGAAAGACAAGCAAAGAAAGUUACUAAAGUAAAAUAUCCCCCGGGUACAGUAACAUUACAAGUCCUGGGCUCUGGUGUUCGUGGGGCACCUAAGUCACUGUACAUGUUUACGGACCAGUCUUGUUACCUUUUCAACUGCGGGGAAGGUUCUCAACGCCUAGCACAUGAACACAGAUUUAAACUUUCUAAAGUAGAACACAUUUUCUUUACCCAUACAUCUUGGGGAAAUGUGGGAGGCCUGCCUGGAAUUUCUCUGACAAUCCAAGAUGUGGGUGUCCCCAAUAUUACACUCCAUGGAGCACCUGGUUUGGGUGAUUUGUUUGUUGCUGCUUCUAGAUUCAUCAUCCUGAAGGAUUUACAAGUCAAUCACGUAGAUGCCACUAACCCGGAAUCUACCUUUGAGGAUGCUGCCAUGAAAAUGAAUUACAUCACCAUUAUGCCUGAUGAGACUGGAAAGCUACCCCGUUCAGCUACAAACUCUCCGAUCGAAGAAGAAGACGUAACGAACUACUACAGCCGUGAAAAAGGAAACCCUGAGGAUGUUCCUGCAGCCAAACGAACCCGUGUUGAGAACAAUGGUGACAUGAAUCCGUCUAGCAAAGCCGCGCUAGCUUACAUAUGCCGCCUACAUCCGAAGCAAGGUAUGCUGAUGGCGGAAAAGUGUGUAGAAUUCGGAGUUCCACCCGGGCCUCUGUACGGCCAGCUGAAAGCUGGCCAAGAUAUCACUCUUCCCAAUGGCAAAACCGUUCUAGCUUCUGACGUACGUAGUCCGGAUGAUCCUGGUCCAGUAUUCGUAGUAGUCGAAUGUCCGGACGAGUCCUACCUGGAUAAUUUUGUAUCCGAGUCACAACUCAAACAGUUGCAAAGACGAAAUGGAGCGACUGAAUUGGAUUCCCCGAAGGUGGUGGUCCAUUUCACUCCUGUCGAGUUGACUAGGCAUCCGAAAUACCAAGAAUGGAUGAACGGUUUUGCUGCCAGUACAUGCCAUUUGAUGCUUGGAAUGACUAAAGGUGGAGAAGAAAAACGCGGAUUCGGUAGUAUUGCCGUUCAUCGCAUUCAACAUCAACUGCAUCUUCUCGACUCGAAAAUUUUUCCUCAUCUGCCAUUUGACUUGCGAGUGGAUGGAGAGCCUGAACAUGCGGAAGCACCGGAAUUAGACUGCCAAACGUUGACAACGUAUUAUCUGAGACCUUUGAAGAAGCUUGACCUAUCUCUUGCUCCUAUUCUGAAGCCUCAAGAGUACAUCAAUGAAAGUCUUUCUCAGGAAGGAGUCAAGGCCAGCUUGGAUGCUUUGAAAUUGACACUAGCAGAUGCAGUCCCCGUCAGCAAUAAAGCUUACCCCAAAUUGGUCUUUCUUGGAACGGGAUCGUGCAUUCCAAACAAAACCAGAAACACAAGCGCCAUUCUAGUCGAAUUGGAGUACGAUCGUUUCAUCUUGAUGGAUUGUGGUGAGGGGACCUAUGGGCAAAUUGUUCGUUUUUUUGGACAUGAACGAUCCGCUCACGUUUUGUCGAACCUCGUUGGUGUCUACAUUUCCCAUCUUCAUGCUGACCAUCAUAUUGGACUGAUUGGUUUAUUGCAAGGCCGACAGCAUUCCAUUGAACGGACGAAAUCCGAUGCCGGACCUUUGAUGCUCAUUGCUCCGCAUCAGAUCAACUUUUGGCUGAAGACGUAUCAUUACAGUUUCGAACGCAUCCGACAGUACUACACCCUUGUUGCAUGCGCUAGCCUCUUUGAAGGCAAAACUCCCGAUCCGGCGCUCAUCACCGGCCUGAAUCUCAAAUCGAUCGUCACUACACACGUCCGACACUGCCCCAAUGCAUUUGGCGUCUCGCUGACAACGGCCGAUGGUUUCAAAUUGACGUACUCUGGUGACACGAUGCCGUGCCUCAGUCUGAUUGAUAUAGGACGUGACUCGGAUCUUCUGAUCCACGAAAGUACGAUGGAAGACGGAAUGGAAGUGGAGGCUCAAAAGAAGACGCAUUGCACAACGUCUCAGGCAAUCGAAGUGGGUCGUUCCAUGGGAGCUAAAUUUACCUUGCUGACUCAUUUUAGCCAGCGAUACUCCAAGAUUCCCGUCUUCAACGAGAAAUCUUUUUCAUCCAACACGAUAGGCGUAGCCUUUGAUAACAUGCAAAUAAGCCCAGAUCGUUUGCACCACUUGCCGCAUUUCAUCCCGUCUCUGAAACUGAUGUUUGCCGAUCACUGCGAAGAGAUGGGUAAUAAAACAAACAAACGGAAAUUGCGUCAGGAACGAGAAGAGAAACAUAAACAAAUGCAGCAAUCGACCAACAUUUAG